GCAGCAGCGCGCACGGGGCCAUUUGCAGCGCAGGCAGCCUUACGAGCGGCCGCGGCGCGCCGGCGGGGAGCGAGGUGGCACCAUGGAGCUGAAGAAGGACAGCAACACCGUGUCCAUCGACAUGCUGCUGAUCGUGCACUCGGAGAAACGGCGCGCCGCGCAGGGCACGCACUCGGACCGGCAGGCGGACCCGGGCGCGCUGCCGCAUCGCAGAGGAGGACUCCAAGGCGGCGGAAACGGAAUACAGAAAUGGCAGAAAAUAGAAGGAAACGGCCUGUAUGGAAACCUGGCAGAGAAGCAGCAUCCUCAGCAGACCCAGGUCAUCACUUCCUACGACAACCAAGGGACACAGCUGACUGUGGAGGUCCACCCUCGAGACACCAUGCCCGAGCUGCUUAAGAAGUUUUCCUUGGAUAAACGUUUGCAAGGUGAUAAAAAUGGAAACACAAGACCCCGGCAGCCUGGAGGGAAGGAUGCCCAUGCCUACCCCUGGGAUCGGUCCAGCCUGAAAUCCAUGCCCCUGGACCUGCAGCAGUUUGAGAAACUGGACACCUAUGCCUCACAGGUGACAGUCAAGAGUGGCCUGGACGAGCUGGUGAACGACCUGCUCCAGGAGGCCCACAGUGACCUGGAGAGAGUCCGUGCCAUCUGGAUCUGGAUCUGCCACCAUAUAGAGUAUGACAUCGAGGCUGCCCAGGAGAAGGACCGCCAGGCCUUCAAACCCAGCAACAUCCUUCAGACCCAGAAGACCAACUGUGAUGGCUACGCGGGGCUCUUUGAGAAAAUGUGCAGAAUCGCUGGAGUGCAGUGCAUGACGGUGCCCGGCUACUCCAAGGGCUUCGGCUACCAGACGGGGCAGAGCUUCUCGGGGGAGUUUGACCACGCCUGGAACGCCGUGUACCUGGAAGGGAGGUGGCACCUGCUGGACAGCACCUGGGGCAGUGGCCUGGUGGAUACCACCACCUCCAAGUUCACCUUCCUCUACAAUGAGUUCUACUUCCUGACGCAUCCCGCUCUGUUCAUCGAGGACCACUUCCCAGACAACAAGAACUGGCAGCUGCUGAAGCCCCCGCAGUCCCUGAGGCAGUUCGAGAACAACAUGUAUCACAAGAGUGAGUUCUACAACAAGGGGAUGCUGAGUGCCCACCCGGAGACUCCCAUGAUCAGAACAGUGAACGGGAAGGCCACAAUCACCGUGGAGAGCUGUGCCCCGACCCUGUUCAUGUUCAUGCUCAAUGGCAAGCAGGAGCACGGGCUGCUGAGACUCCAGCAGAACGGGAUGAAGCUGGAUGUCUACCCUCCAACCAUGGGCACCCACAAGCUGCAGAUCUUUGCCAAAGGCAACUCCGACAUCUACAGCUCCGUGCUGGAGUACACGCUCAAGUGUAACUACGUGGACGUGGGGGUGCGGCUGCCAUCGGAGCUGCACCAGCCCGUGGGCCCCAGCUGGUUCUCGGAGCAGAUGGGCAUCCGAAAGCCCUCCCACCCUGACCCCAUCAUCCACACCAGCGAUGGGCGCUGCUCCAUCAGCUUCGGCGUGGAGGAGGGCAUCAGCGUCCUGGCUUCCCUGCACGGGGACGACGGCCCCAUCACCGAGGAGACGCAGCGGCGCUACAUCUUCCAGCUGCACCGGGAGAAGCGGACAGAGCUGAAAGUCCAGCUGCCCCACGCCGGCAAGUUUGCCCUCAAGAUCUUCGUCAAGAAGAGGCAGGAACCGGGCAACUAUGCCUUUGUCUUCAAUUAUCUCCUGUGCUGUUCCAACACCAAGGUGAACUGGCCCAUGUUCCCCGAGAGCUUUGGUAACUGGGGGCAGGACAACGAGCUGCUGGAGCCUCUGUCGGGUGUGCUUCCUGCCAACCGCAACGUCCCAUUCAAGUUGAAGCUGCACGGUGUCGCCAAAGCCCUGGUGAAGGGGCAGGACACGUGGCCCCUGACCCUGAACAGCGAGGGCUACUGGGAGGGCAGCUGCAGCACGGCCGGCUGCCAGGAAGUCUACGUCAUGGUGCUGGAGAACGCCAACCACAAUUUCUAUUCCUACAUCCUGAAAUAUAAAGUGAACGACCAGUGAGGGCCCGGGCCCUGUUACCCCGCCAGGGAGGGCCCCAGGGAAGUGCAGAGAGCCCUGGACACCACUGAGUCUGCAUGGAAUCACUCCCAGGCCUCUGCCUCCGUCUCCCCGCCCUGCUGCCGGAGCUGUGAUGUUUGUGUUCUGAGGGCUUCGCUCAGUGGUGGCGAUGGCUGAGGGGACAGAGGCAAAGGCCCCUUAGAAGAAAAAGGUGCUAUGUAAAUCCACGGUAUUGUAAACUGUACACCACUGCCCAGAUGCCCCUUCUCGUGUUCAUGCUGUUGUCAUUGUUGUAGGGCUGAUGUGGGGAAGCAGGGGUGCUGGCCAGGCUGGGAGCUCUUCACAUGCUGGGGAGAGAAUUCAUGCUCUGUUGGGCCCCAGAGGGACAUGAUUUGCAAGGCUGAGUCGCCUUCCAUCCCCGGCCCCUUCCCAGUAGCAUCACAGUGUUUCUCACUCACUCCUGGAUCCCAGGUGGGACUAUCAUUUGUUCCCCAGACCUGACCAUCUUCCGAAUUCCUGCUGUCUCUUCAUUAGGUGCUUCUUGCUUUUCGAGAGCCCAGGGGGGAAAGGUGUGAAGAGGAUGGGAGCUCCCCGAACUGGCUGGAGGCUGGUGGCCCCCACCACCCCUGUGUACACUGGAAAUGUGGCAACAGAGAUGUGAUGAGGAGACUGUGAAGCAGAGAGAAGCCAGUGCCCACUCUUGGGUAUCCUGGCAGAUCUUUGCCAAAGGCAACUCUGACAUCCACAGCUCAGUGCUGAAGCAAGGGCCGAGACCUCCGGCUCUGUGCUCCCAGAGGAGCCUGCAGACCGUUGGGUCAGUUGGGGGUGCCCUUCCAGGCCCUCUCUGAGCCUGCACCCUGCACAGGGAGCCUCAAGAGGCCUGCUGGCCCCUGGGGAGCCUUGUGGAUAACCCUAAACACAGACCUGGGCGGGAGGCCAGGCGAGGGAGGAGUGCAACCCUGCAAUGCCAACGAGGAUCCCAGAUACUAGGACUCUGCAGGCCCCAGGAGUCCCCACCAACAAAGCCACAGCUGGGGGGGCCUCAGCCUGCCCUGGGAGCAGUUUUUGUGCUCAUCCCUAUCCCAUCUCCCUCCCUUUCUCUGACAAGAGAGACCCUCGGGAUCCCACCUUCCAUGGGAACAGUCCGGAGUCUCUUGCUUACUCAGGUCCGAGACUGUCCAGCUGGCCCUCAGCAGCACCUCUGGCAGGCGUUGCCAUGGCAACCGUGGAAAGGCCGGCUCCUGCAGGGGCAGGGGGGAGAGAAGGAUGGAGAAUGCCCUGCAUGGCUGAUGCAACACCAUCCGACACACAGAGACUCUCCAGGUGGCCCUGCUGACCUCCUGGCUUCUCCAGCUCUGUGGCCUCUGCCUAUCUCAGCGCCCCCCACCCCUGAGAGCCAGCACUGCCCAGCACUUCCUCCCCCCACGGCUGUUCCAACUGCCCCCAGGCUCAGCCACAGCCAGGGUCAGCCAGGCGCCCUCAGCCUCCUCUGCCUUCAUCCUCACAUUGGUGUAGUAUUCCACCCGUGUUUGUGGGGGUAUUUAAUAAGCACCAGGCACUGUGCUACAUGCUGGGGCUACAGAGGAAACAAAGGGGGGCCCUGCCCCUCAUCCCAGAGCUCAGGGUGGGUGGCAGCAGCCUCCUCACCCAGACCUGUCCGAAGUUCCAUCAUCCCCCACCAGGCCGGCGGCCCUGGGACACGAGGGGAGUACCCCCACGGGGGCUGAGCGACCCUGGCCUGCGUCCAGUGCCUUCUGGCAGGCUCUGCCACCCAGGCAUUCAGCACCAUGUCACUCGCCCGGAGAGCACACAAAGGCUGGGAGAAGGAACCGCUGUGCUCCGCCACAGGGAAGCAAGGGGAGUGCUUACACCCUCAAAACAGCCUUUUCUCACACCUUUGAUUUUAUGGGCUGAAAGGAAUGUGCUGUUUCAUCAAAAUAAUAAGUGCCUUCCAUGACUCCUGUCAUUCACUGGACCCAGAGCGGGCCGCCUCCUGCAGAGAAAGACACGCAUCUCUUUAAAAGCCAUACACCUAAUCAGUAUAUUCUGGACCCUGCAGAGGAUGCCACCCAGCAAAACUGGAGCUGUCCAGAGACGGAGGCCCAGCCUCUCAAAGUGCCUGCAGGGCAUCGCCUGCCCUUCCCUCCUCAUUUAACCAGGCACGCCGGUUGUAAAGACAGCUGUCGACACAGCCAGAAAAUCACCUGCAUUUCUUUUCCACCGAAGUAAAAAUACAUGAAAUGAAAUCCCAUAUUCAUGAAUUUUUACACGCAUGCUGCUCAGGGUGGAAUUUGGGGUUGCAUUUUUUGAAGUCUUUUAUUCAAAUCCCCGUCUUUGUUUCCCCGGCUUUGAGUCCCCGCGGCCGGUGGAAUGGCACGGGCGCCCCCUGGUGCCCAAUGUGCAGAACUGUCGUCGCUGCACACCUCCGCGAGGCUGACCCUCUCGCCAGGGUUUUUCUGCAGAAUUUGUUAAGUGCUGCUGAGAUGUUUGUGUUAAAUUCACUUGGUGCUCUCUCGUGGCUUCUCCGUGCUUUCUCGUGUGCACACCGAGCACAUUUUUGCCACGCACAAGCUGUGAAGCGAGCCUGGGGGACUGCCUGGCGAGAAGACACGGACUAUGACAGGAUUCGGGCGUGCUUGGCCCCGAAAUCCCCGAAGCAGAAACACUGGACGUGGGACAGGAUGGGACAGCUUUGAGCACUCUCAUUACUAUGCCAGUGAAGGACCGAAGCCGAUCAAACUCAGAGAGCUGUGGCUGGCAAGUCCAGGAUGGCCAGCCCUCAGGCCGCAGGCGGAAAGGAGGGACAAGUUGCCGAGAGAGUCUGUGAAAUCCUCUUCUCAAAGGGCCUGGGACGUGGAAAGGUGUUAGAAGCCACGCUAACGGCGAGGACCAGGCUCUCUCCAAACCCGCCCCACCUGACCGCCUGCAGCCAACACAGGGCCAGCGGUGUUGCCGUCCUUCGCGGUGGGCAUCUGUGUCCCACGUCAGGUGACCUGAGGUCUGUCAUUUCUUUUCCUUUGGAAUGGCUGGUUGGACAUCUUCCCGACGUGAUUACUCUUCAUUAUGCGUGCAUCGAGUUGUGUGGGCCGGUGGCUGUUGAGUAUGCUUUUCCCACAUUGUUGCUGGUGUUGUUUUUCAAUAAAAUUUAUA